UCAGUGCCACCAAUUUAAAUGAGACAGGUUCACCGGACAGCAGGACCCAGUCAAGCCCGCUGCGCCACCGCGCCCCCCACCUCCUUCAUCAAGUCAGAUGAAUUUGCUGAUAACUUCAAACUUGUACACAGGACUUGCGUGACCAGAGUGUUUAACUGGUUAAGUUUUCUGGUCAUUAUUGUUUUAUCUUUGUUCGGAGUAUUACAAAUAUAACCAGACGACCUUCGUUACUACUUUGCUAACAGAUCUUUGGACUCGAACCGCUGCGCGACGCGCCGCCUCAACCGUAGAGCACGAGGGUGAGAUUUCAGUGCGACACAGCGAGAAGUCCGUGAGACUUCCGCGAUAGCAGCGGUGCAGGCCUAUUCCCCGCCUUCCUACAAAACCAUUGGUUGGUUAUGAGCAGGAGUGGACUUUUUUCUUUUUUGAUUGGUCGUCUGGUGUCACCGGCCGCUUGAGCGACAGUCAGCGAUGCCGAUUGAGGAGAAGAGCACACGAGGUAGGAAAAAAAGCGGAGCCCUGCCCUGCUUCCUCCUCUGGACUGAAUGCUACGGUCUUUGCCUCGAGUGCUGAGAGCAGCUGAGCGUGUGAAGCGAGUAGGAGCCCAGUUCGGCGGCAUGGCGCAAAACCACGUGACCUGCAGUAGCUCCUCCCACGCUGAAGGGGGCGCCGUCACCGCUGCUAUUAUCAUUGUGGGGGACGAGAUCCUUAAGGGCCACACGCAAGACACCAACAGUAGCUUCCUGUGCCGUGCACUGCGCAAACUGGGGGUGUGCGUGCAGCGAAUUGUUGUGGUGCCUGACCAGCAAGAUGUCAUUGCAAAAGAGGUAGCUGCACUCUCACCACUUUGCACCCAUCUGAUCACCUCUGGGGGCAUUGGCCCCACCCAUGACGAUGUCACCUUUGAGGGUGUUGCAAUGGCUUUUGGCGAGCAGCUCCAGCCACACCCGGAGCUCAUCAAGCUGGUGAAGGAAUUCUUUGGGACAGUUGACCCAGGCAGUCCUGCCAUGAAGCUGGCACUGGUACCAGAGAGUUCCACGCUGAACUAUGGGACAGAUCCACAGACUGGGAAGCCACUGCGUUACCCGUUGGUCAGUGUGCACAAUGUCUACAUUUUUCCUGGGAUCCCCUCCCUCCUAGAGAGGGCCUUCAAUGGACACAAGCACCUGUUUGCUGGAUCUGGCACCACCUUCCACACUCGGGAGGUUUUUGUGAAUGCAGACGAGGCAGAGAUUGCACCAGUGUUGACGCGACUCCAGGCAACAUGGGGGAAGAAGGUGUCUCUGGGCUCCUACCCGGACUGGCUGAGUAACUACCACCGGGUCCGCUUGGUUCUGGACUCAGACAGCGCGGAAGAUGUGGAGGUGGCCCGAUGUCAGUUGGUGGAGGAGCUGCCAACGGGGAGUGUGGUGCCACUGGUAACUGAUCCGGUCUCGCUUGCCAUGGCAGAGGUGUACAGACUGGCUAAUACUGGUACACCACUGGGCCAGAAAGUGAUGUCAGCCCUGAGAGUCAUUGAAAUGGCAUUGGAGCAGUACUCAGUGGGUGAGAUCUGCGUGGGCUUCAAUGGGGGUAAAGACUGCACGGCAUUGCUGCACCUGUACUAUGCUGCGCUAAGAAGGAAGUACCCGGAGGGGAAGGACCGUGUUAAAGCGCUCUACAUCCGCAUUGUGUCCCCAUUUCCUGAGAUGGAAAGAUUUCUGCAGGACACAACAAAAAGGUAUGACCUGGAGCUCUUCUCAGUUGAGGGCAGCAUCCGGCAGGCCCUGAGGGAGGUCAGGGAGCGGAGGCCAGAACUGAAAGCAGUCCUCAUGGGGACCCGACGGAGCGACCCGUACUCACACACCCUAACCCCACUGUGCCCCACUGACCCCGGCUGGCCCGAGUAUAUGAGGGUCAAUCCCCUCCUGGACUGGACGUACCAUGAGAUCUGGUCAUUCCUGAGGACCCUGUACGUUCCGUACUGUAUUCUCUACGAUAAAGGUUACACCUCUCUGGGCAGCAUGGAUGACACCACCAGGAACCCUGCACUAAAAGUAGUUGACAAAAGGGGCAUGACCCGCUAUAAAUCUGCCUACCUGCUGGAGAAUGCAGAGGAAGAGCGCAACCCUCGCGUCUGAUGCCGCCGUUCAGGGUGUGACGCUUCAGACCGUCCAGCGGAUGCACGCAUGCCUCUGCACACGAAAGCCAGAAUUCUGUACGGGUGCAUAUUUUGUGUACAGACAAAAAGAUAAAGACGGUGGCAUGAGCCAAUGAAGAGCUUAUCUACGGGGAGCAUAGAAAUGAAUAUGAUCCAUAUAUAGUCUGUCUUGAACUCACAGCUGAAAUAACCAGGGUCCAGUUCUGUUUUUUCUUUUUUUUUGUGUAAAUAUUUGCACUGAAUGUUUGGGUGGGGUCGUUCAACCUCUUGGUUGCCACAGACCUCUGCAGACAGUGGUGGUUACGAUUGAAGCAGAGGUGGUGGAAAGGAAGCUGCUGACGGCGACGUCGGGGGUGAAGCCGCACGGUGCCGCGGACACGGAUGCGGAGCCCGCGGCAGAUCAGACGUGUUCCCCAGGAGUCUGUCCCGUCAGUCACGCCGGGAACUGGCUGCCAAUGUGUGUUAACACUUAAAAACAUUACCUCUGUGUACCAGAGUCAGUUCUUUGUGUGCUUUACCUAGAAACUGACAUAGGAAGGACUGCGCUGAGGCACAGAUGGACAGUUUCGCACAAUGUCAGUGUGGAGGUAGCGUCGCGCUCAGCUUCCACUCCAGCGUGAGGGCCUGAGGUAACAAGUCAAGUACGCCGCCUCAGCGUUUGAGUAGCGCGCUUCCUCGCGGCAGCCUGCUUUAAGGGAAGACUUUCAAGUUCCUGCGGCCAUAUUACAGGCUAAAGGUACACCCCAAAGCCGCGCUGCACCUUCCCUACACGCUACAUUUAGUACUACACCCUACAUUCGGUACAGCCUACAUUUUGUACUACACACUUGCUCCGCGAGUGCGCGAAGGCCGCCCUCGGAGAAUAAAUAUUUUAAACGAUUUGAUUCACAUCUGUUCCGGCUGCGCGCGUAUCAAUUUCUGCAGAAGUCAUUUUAUUCGUUUAUGCUCAAAAAUGAAAUAAAAGAUUGAGACGCUAUUAAAGGGCAGAUGAAGGAACGAAAGGCGGUUCAAUCGAUUUGCUGGAGGUGCCCGUUCGGGCGCGCGCUCCUAACGUCCGGCUCUUCUGACGCGACUGAGGAAGGAAGGCGGUGCCACCGACUGGGGGGGGAUGUGUUUCUCGAGAAGAUGUCCUCCUGUUGUUGGGGGGUUUCUUUCUAAGCGGUGUGUCGCAGUCCUGCUUUCGCCGCAUCACCACUAGGAAUAAACACACGUUUCUCUGACAGCACGGUACGGUACUUCACACCAAGAUGGUUUCCGGGGCACACGCGCACACAGGGGCUCGCGCCGCAGUUCCCGCUGCCGGCCGCACGGGUGCGGUGUGUCCCCGUUUUCUAUUGGGCAUCGUGAUUACAGUAAAUUACUUCGCCUGUUUUCAGGCUGGAUUGAAUCCCGGUGAAUCGAUCGCUUCUCUCCGCCUGGAAAUUAGUCAACGCUCCGGCAACAAGGAUCGAUGCGGGCCAAUCUAAUAAAGCGACUCGCUUACGACGACGCCCCGGGAUGCGCGGCCUGUUACACCUCCAAUUACCGCCCCGCCCCCCAGCGCGCGCUGCUCUAUCGGUGCCCACACGUCACCGGCGGGCGGAGCCGCUCAAAAAGUCACACUGGUGACAGCGACAGCAGUAAGGAGCGCAGGCCGCAUCGUCAUCAUCAUCAUCAUCAUCAUUCUUGUUAUUAUUAUUAUUAUUAUUAUUCACUGUUCUGCAGCAGGUGCCUAGGGCUGCUGUUUAGCACUUCAGGGGCCCAGGUUCAAGGUGCGAGGUUCCCUGCUCCUGCCCUAGUGCCAUUUACUCAUCCUGAACUGCUCCAGUGAAACAUACUCUGCUGUGUGCUGUCUGAAUGUGUAAAUAGUUGCAAGUAGAAAGACAUCAGUGAAAUAAAUGAUAUCCUUAUCAUAUUAUACUUACGGUUUUUCUUAUUAUUCAAUAUUCUUGUGCAUUUUUUUGUAUUUAUUAGCUACAUUACAGGUAUGUUAUUGCAGGGUUACUCUGCGCAUAAGUCUCGUUUGAGCGCAUGACUAUAUGUGCACUCAGACGGAAGACUUUUGCUUGUUAAGUUCCUCUCCUCAUGGAAUUCCUUCAUCGCAUUUGCUUUGGUGUCAGUCGCCUCGAGGGUGAAAUUAUUAUGUUGUACCUGGACGUAAUCUGCGAUGGGGGGCUGAGAGAAGAGCUUCAGUGAUGCAAAGUGCUUCUUUUGGUGAGUUUCCCUGAAAAGCAGCAGGUUUGCAAUCUGGCAACUUGACACAGUGAAUGCAGGGAAUAUCAAAUUAUAAAUAUCAUAUUGUAAUAUGUUAUAUUGAAUACAUUCCCAGAUAUUGUGAAAAUAAGCAACUCACCUUGAUUAAUAAAAAAGGA